CGCAUGCUUUCAAGUACUUUGUGACAACUGAAACUCGUGCUUCAGUUCUAAACCAAAUUUCUGUUGUUUUUACUGAAGUUAAGAUUUCUGCGAUGCUUUGUGCUUCUUUAAAACACACACAUUUUAUAUCAAGAGAGUGUUUGCUAAUCUAUGUAAUAGGUGAUAUGAGGGGUAUGAUCUUCCGUGUCCCUCUUUUUCCUUGAUUAGAACAUUUCUUAAUGAGUGUAAUAAAAAGCUGUUUAGUUUUGCAUUGCGAUGACAAUUGAUGUACUGUCACUCUGUUAGGGUGUUCAAUGGUAGUGGUUCAGAGUGACUCUGAAAAGGUGUUAAUCUCAGGCUGAAGUUUGUCUCUAAUAUAUACUGGGAGUGAGACUUGUAUUUUGCUGGCCAUUAAAAAUAUUCUCGAUUUUUCUACACAGUUUUGCUAACAACUUUGCAGUUUAUUUCACCAAUAUAGGUGUGGUCAGUGGGUUAUGAAUAAGUAUAGUUGUUAAAUGUACAGACUAAUCCACCUUUUUUCAUUUUCUGACAAACAUGAAGUAUAAGCUUAUUAUCAAGGCUGUCCUUUUGGUUAUUAGGGAAAGGCAGGUAGGCAUAGAAGGCAGCGUUUAUCAUGAAGGUGGUUGGAUGGUGGAGUGAAGCUGAAAAGCUGGUAGAAUGUUAGUACACAGAGACGCUUCAAACACAACAGGAGUGAGCUCUGCAUAGCUUGAGCCUAUUGGACCAGCUCUGACUGGAAGCUUGAACGAGAUGUCCUGUUACUGUUUUAUAUCAUUACUCCAAUAGUAGAUUUUCUCUUGUUCCUGUUCUGUUGGUCUAUUCAUGUUUUCCUUUGGGGCUUUCUCUUUGUGGAAGACAGUCAGUUGUUACCCUUUCCUCUGUAUCUGACUCUGCUCCUUUUCCACUGUCAGCGUUUGUCCUGUUGUGCUACCUUCCUGCUCCUCUUUCCUUCCCUGACAGGAGACAAAUCAUCAAGUCCAUGUGUACUAGAAGGAUGGAAAUAAGUGGAGUGUUACUUUGAUGAAAGGGAUAUUACUGCCUGCAGUCAGUUCGGUAGACAGAGAGAUGUCACUAGUAGAUUUGGGAAAGAAACUUUUAGAUGCUGCACGAGCAGGUCAAGAUGAUGAAGUUCGCAUUUUGAUGGCAAAUGGAGCACCUUUUACCACAGAUUGGCUGGGAACAUCUCCUCUUCACCUAGCAGCACAGUAUGGACAUUACUCAACGACAGAGGUGCUACUGCGAGCAGGUGUAAGUCGAGAUGCCAGAACCAAAGUGGAUAGAACUCCGUUACACAUGGCAGCAUCAGAAGGUCAUGCCAGCAUUGUAGAAGUCCUGCUUAAGCAUGGUGCUGAUGUUAAUGCAAAGGACAUGCUCAAAAUGACUGCACUUCACUGGGCUACUGAACAUAACCACCAAGAAGUUGUAGAACUCUUAGUAAAGUACGGAGCAGAUGUUCACGCUCAGAGUAAAUUUUGCAAAACAGCGUUAGAUAUUGCAGUGGACAAUGGGAAUGAAGACCUUGCAGAAAUAUUACAGAUUGCAAUGCAGAACCAAAUCAAUACGAAUCCAGAGAGUCCGGACACUGUGACGAUACAUGCAGCAACACCGCAGUUUAUCAUUGGACCUGGAGGAGUGGUGAACCUAACAGAUGAAACAGGAAUGUCUGCUGUACAGUUUGGGAAUUCAUCAACGUCAGUAUUAGCCACAUUGGCAGCUUUAGCAGAAGCAUCAGCUCCACUGUCUAACUCUUCAGAAACACCAGUUGUGGCCACAGAAGAAGUUGUGACUGCAGAAUCUGUGGAUGGGGCUAUACAGCAAGUUGUCAGUUCUGGAGGUCAGCAAGUUAUUACUAUAGUUACAGAUGGCAUUCAGCUUGGUAAUCUGCAUUCGAUUCCAACCAGUGGUAUAGGGCAACCAAUCAUUGUGACCAUGCCAGAUGGACAGCAAGUAUUAACAGUCCCAGCAACAGACAUUGCUGAAGAAACUGUGAUAAGUGAAGAACCGCCAGUGAAGAGACAGUGCAUUGAGAUUGUUGAAAAUCGUGUGGAGUCUGCAGAAAUAGAAGAAAGAGAAACUCUUCAGAAGCAGCUGGAUGAGGCUAACAGAGAAGCACAAAAAUACCGUCAGCAGCUUCUAAAGAAAGAGCAAGAAGCAGAGGCCUAUCGGCAGAAGCUAGAGGCAAUGAACCGCCUCCAGACUAAUAAAGAAGCUGUUUAAUAAAAAAUGAACAUACUGCAAAUCCUGUUACUUUCCAAAACCUGCAGUACAAUCUUGAACUGUACGCUAUAUGGGUGCAGACACAGGAUUCCAUAAUAGAGAAGAUGCUACAAGUUGAUAACUGGACUUAAACCAUGAGCUCUGGUGAAUUUCUUGUAACAUAAAAACUCUGAAUUUAGAAAUUGUGAAAAGUAUUUAAAAUGAAAUACUGUAAAUAGUUGUUUUUUUUACAGUUUCAAAAUGAGUUGAUAAAUCUUUUUGAAGGGAUCCAGAAACACGAGAAGCCGAUGUUUUUGUGAAAUUUUUGAUUUUAGUAUGAAUCUAACUUCUGAAAAACAGAACAGUUUUAAGGGUGAUGUUGAUUUAAGCUGACAACUUGAAAAUUAUGUGACAAAAUUAAUUAACAGUUAUUUCUAUAUGGUAACAACUUAAACUCCUCCGAGUAAGACAUUUCCAGGUGGAAAUCUCUGUGCAGCUUUAAGCAGUUGUCUCAGAUUCUCUGAAAACCAUUUUUGUUUUUGUUUUUUUUUUUUAAGGUGGUGAAAUUUUUAUAUUUAAUUUCUGAUAUAUCCAAGUAGAUUGACAUGUAUAUGAAGCUAAUAUUUUUUAAACUUUUCGUUGUACAUAUGCUGCAUGUUUUUAUAAUUUCUACACAUACAUCUUGCAUAGGUAUUUUUCAGCAAGGGUGAGGAAAAUUAUGAGGAAAAAAAAAUGUUUAGCCUGUAGGUCACUUGAAGUAAGCUAGCAGCCAGUUCUAUCAUGGAUGGUGUAUUUUAUGGAAGAAUGUAUUUUUUAAUGAAAAAGAACAACAACAAAAUCCAAAUUUAUGAAAGACAACUUGCAGUUUGGUAGUGGAGGCAUUGAGAGUUACUGAACUUUACAAUGUUCGUACAGCAAAACUGUAAUGAAUAGAAAAGAAUGUCUCCACCAGAAUGCAAAUAGUAGUUUACACAUUACUCCCUUUUUCUCAAUAGCCUUGAAAUGAUUUCUUUUGUUUUCUUUUUAACAGAAUUUUGCAUUUUAACUGUGCAACUGGUCAAGUAACUUUCUUUUUUUAAUGUUGUAGUGAUGCUCUUCUUAUCUGGCAUCAUUGUUCUUCACUGUGAUACUGUGUUUGGGUGCGUCUGUGCAGUAAUCUAUUAUGCUUAGGAUUUAUAUGGCACGUUACAUCUUCAGAGCAUUGUAAAAUCUUUUAAGGAACCCUUACUGUAUUGCCUGAGGCAGGUAAGUGAGUGGAAUUGUCUCAGUUUUAUACCUGGUGAAAGUGCAACACAGGGAGUGCUAAAUGACUGGCCCAAGACCACAGGAAUCUGUGGUAGACCUGGGAGUAGAUCUCGGGAGUUCUGGCUUCUAGUCCUUUGCUUAGACUGAGCUGCCUUAAGAUUGUUCAGUGCUGUGUUACAUGAAUUUUUGAACUACUGUGCAGAUUUCUUUUUUUUUUUUUGUAAGAUAAAAAAAACUUUGUGCUUUGCUUUGUUCCAUGUUUCACUGCUUUUAUGGAAUUGUUUAUAUAAACUUCAGCAAAAAGUCUAGUUUACCUAUAUUGUACACAGAAGAAUUACCCUUAAAACUGUACUCUGGCCUACUUUUUCUAUUUUACAAUUAAAUAUCUUUUCCACAUA